AGAGCCAGGACUUGUACUCUCAACGCAUAGACUAUCAGACUGGGCCCUUUCCUUGCACAGAUUGGGGACUAUGCUUUUCUGAAGAUUUGACAAGUUUCAAAAUAAGUGGUCGGGAAACAGGAAGAGAGUAGGUUUAAAUCAGGCAGGCUUUGGUUCCAGUCAUGGCUCCGCUGCUUACGAGUAAUGUUUGGAAAAGCCUUUUGACCCAGAAAUCACCAAGAGUUGUUCCAAAAUAGAAUGACAGAACAUAAGAAGUGCACUUGGAGAAGGCUGGCCUGAAAGUAGGAAGUAAGAAGAGAGUCACAGACUGGUUGCAUUGAGGAAUGAAGAUCUGCGUUGUGUAUCCACCAAUCUGAUUGACUUGCUCAGGGAGGCUAAAGCAUCUAUCUCCAGAAAUGUCUUCGGAAAGUGCAGAGCAACAUGACCUUUCACCCAAGGACUCACUUGAAGGAAAAGGCCAAUACAGUCCUCUGUCCAGGAUCCACAUGGAGCUUGAAAAGGAACCACGUACUGACUUGCAGCAAUCUGAGGCCACUAAUCAAUGCAGACAUUAUCGUAGGAUCCACGUGGAGCCUCAAGAAAAAUCAAAUACUAACCUUAAGCAAUUCGUCAUCAAAAAACUACGGAAGAGUUGCCAGUGCAGCCCAACCAAAGCAAAAAAGACGAUUUUGGGUUUCCUUCCUGUUUUGCAAUGGCUCCCAAAAUAUGAUUUGAAGAAAAACAUUUUAGGAGAUGUGAUGUCUGGCUUGAUUGUGGGCAUCUUGUUGGUGCCCCAAUCUAUUGCGUAUUCCCUUUUAGCUGGCCAGGAACCGAUCUAUGGUCUGUACACAUCUUUUUUUGCCAGCCUCAUUUAUUUCCUAUUGGGGACUUCCCGUCACAUCUCGGUGGGCAUUUUUGGAAUUCUGUGCCUUAUGAUUGGUGAGGUAGUUGACCGAGAACUAAGCAAAGCUGGCUAUGACACUGCCCAUAUUGCCCCAUCUUUAGGAAUGGUGUCGAAUGGGAGCACGUCAUUAAAUCAGAUAUCGGACAGGAUGUGUGACAGAAGUUGCUAUGCAAUUACAGUGGGCAGCACUGUAACCUUUAUGGCUGGAGUUUAUCAGGUAGCGAUGGGCUUCUUUCAAGUGGGCUUUGUUUCUGUCUACCUCUCAGAUGCCUUGCUGAGUGGAUUUGUCACUGGUGCCUCCUUCACUAUUCUUACAUCUCAGGCCAAGUAUCUCCUUGGGCUCAGCCUUCCUCGGAGUAAUGGCGUGGGAUCACUCAUCACUACUUGGAUACAUAUUUUCAGAAACAUCCAUAAGACCAAUAUCUGUGAUCUAAUCACCAGCCUUUUGUGCCUUUUGGUUCUUUUGCCAACCAAAGAACUCAAUGAGCACUUCAAGUCCAAGCUUAAGGCACCUAUUCCUACUGAACUAUUUGUCGUUGUGGCAGCGACAUUAGCCUCUCAUUUUGGAAAACUACAUGAGACAUACAAUACCAGUGUUGCCGGACAUAUUCCCACUGGGUUUAUGUCACCCAAAGCACCGGACUGGAACUUAAUUCCUAGUGUGGCUACUGAUGCAAUAGCUAUGUCUAUCAUUGGUUUUGCUAUCACUGUAUCACUUUCUGAGAUGUUCGCCAAGAAACAUGGCUACACAGUCAAAGCUAACCAAGAAAUGUAUGCCAUUGGCUUUUGCAAUAUCAUCCCUUCCUUCUUCCACUGCUUUACUACUAGCGCAGCUCUUGCAAAGACGUUGGUUAAAGAAUCAACAGGCUGCCAAACUCAGCUGUCUGGGGUGAUGACAGCUCUGGUUCUUUUGUUGGUCCUCCUGGUAAUAGCUCCUUUAUUCUAUUCCCUUCAGAAAAGUGUCCUUGGUGUGAUCACUAUUGUAAAUCUCCGGGGAGCUCUAUGUAAAUUUAAGGAUCUGCCCAAGAUGUGGAGGGUUAGCAGAAUGGAUACAGUUAUCUGGUUUGUUACUAUGCUUUCCUCUGCACUGAUAAGUACUGAAAUAGGUCUGCUUAUUGGAGUUUGUUUUUCUAUGUUUUGUGUCAUCCUCCGUACUCAGAAGCCAAAGAGUUCAUUGCUUGGCCUGGUGGAAGAGUCGGACAUUUUUGAAUCCAUGUCUGCUUACAGAAACCUUCAGGCAAAGCCAGGCAUCAAGAUUUUCCGCUUUGUGGCCCCUCUCUACUAUAUAAACAAAGAAUGUUUUAAAUCUGCUUUAUACAAAAAAACUCUCAACCCAAUCUUAGUAAAGGCAGCUCAGAAGAAGGCAGCAAAGAGAAGGAUCAAAAAGGAAACAGUGACUCUCAGUGGAACCCAGGAUGAAGUUUCAGUGCAACUUGCCCAUGAUCCCUUGGCAUUCCAUACCAUAGUGAUUGACUGCAGUGCAAUCCCAUUUUUAGAUACAGCAGGGAUCCAUACGCUGAAAGAAGUUCGCAGAGAUUAUGAAGCCAUUGGCAUACAAGUUCUGCUGGCUCAGUGCAAUCCCUCUGUGAAAGAUUCCCUGGCCCGGGGAGAGUAUUGCAAAAAGGAAGAUGACAACCUCUUUUAUAGUGUAUAUGAAGCAAUAGCUUUUGCAGAAGAAUCUCAAAAUCAGAAAGGAAUAUGUAUUCCCAAUGGUCUUAGUCUUUCCAAUGAUCAACUGAAUAAGGAGAUGGAAGGAAAAAUAAUGUCUAGCCAAUAGCAACAUGCAUACUUGAAAUUAUAACCUAUUGGGUAGACAUUAUUCUUCCUUUGAAGCUGAUGGCCUUUGUAGAUACAUGAAUGCAGCAAAGCAUAUUAUAGUUAGGCAGAAUCAAAAAGAAGAAAAUGUUGUGGUUCUAAGCUUUCUUGGAUUAAAAUGUCUAUUGAAUUGAACUGUGAAGUAGCCCUUAAACUUAAUGACCAUCCUCUUUUAGGAGAUAUGCAUUUAGAUUCUUUCUUCUCCAGGAGGUAAAGGGGUGAAGUUGGCAUUUACAUGAGAAGUGCUGAAGCCUACAUGAUAUGGCAUUUUGGAGAGAGAGUGGAAAGGGGGCAGGGAAAGAAUGUUGUGCCUGCUCUUGUACCAGCUAACCAGAGGCCUCUGGAGCACAAGGUAAUAACUACACAAGUUUUUUUCUUUUUC